GCCGUACGAGUUUCUGAUAAGAGAAAAAACGAGUUGCGGUCUUGUACAAGUCGACUUUGUAUUUCUCGAAGGUGUUCCGCGCAAGCGACGUAACAGAAAGAACCUAACCUAACUUAAUAUACAUAGCAGUAUAGAAAUCAAUGAGUUUCGUCAAGUACAAAGCUUGAUUCUAUCGGAUCACAUUGAGUGUUAUUUUUUUUUUUGUCUAGCCAAGUAUUAAUUUCAUCAACAAUUUAUAUUGUGAUUAAUGAUUUUAAAGGGAUAAUCUUAUUUUACCGUUUAUUCGUGAAGGAAAAUAAAAAAAAUAAAUAUAAGUAACGAGAAUAGAAAUCUUUUUCAUUUUUACAUACAAAUAAAACUAGUAUAGCUAUUAUUAUUAACAGGAAGUUAGUAAAUUCCGCGCUUUAUUUGUGCACAAAUUAGCACAAGAAAGUAAAAACUUUCACGUUGAUAUUAUUCGACGAUUAUUCAACGAUGAUACUCGAAAGUGUUUUUUAUCAAUGGAGAAUCAAUGAAUCCUUCGAAAAUAUUGAAGGCACGUUAGGACGGAGCUCCUUCCGCCGGAUUAGAGCUCCUUCCUGCAAUCCGGAUUAAAUUUAUUCGUUGCGGUGCCUUGGCACGACGAAGGAAUUUUUGCAGAUUAUCAUUUAGACCGCAAUACUGAAUAUUCAUUUUUACGGCCAACUCACUUGUACCGAAAGAAAGAAUGCAAAAUAAUUGCGAUGACGAUGAUAACGACGUCGUCUACAAGGACACAGUCAUCGUAGGAAAUGGACCGAGCGGUAUUUCUUUGUCAUACAUGCUCGCUGGUAAUUGGCCUUAUUAUACCGGCGAGCCUCAUCCCUUCAAUGAAAUGCUGACGGCGCGUCUUCACUACACAACGAGACCGUUUACUAACGACGAUGAUGUUCUUGAAAAAAGUGAUAAGACGACGCAAAAUAAUUUAGAUGAGGACACGUGUUCUCGUCGGCAAAGUAACGUUGCGAAUGAUAGUGUAAUACGAGGUAGAGACUUAGCGAACAGUUCACGAUGGAAAUUGGAAACGUUGUCGUCCGGUCUCGAGGGCAGGAGCGGUGGUCGACCUUUGUCUUUACUGAUGGACCAAUUGCAUAACCCAUGCGUUGAUGCAGGUCUCGAUGUGCCUUCACUUUUGGAUUGGAAAUCUAAAGAACAACAUCCGGAACACAAGAUUAUUGAUCAUGUAGUUCUUGGUAAAGGACAACCUGGUGGAGCUUGGCAGUCUAUGGAUCCAAAUGUGUUAACGAUCAGUUUGAGUCGAUGGAUGUCAUUACCUGGUUUAGAUUUAAGACAAUGGGAAAAAUUGGUAGAGGCUGAACAAGUACAAAAAUCAACAUUGGCGAUUGGUGAUCCUAGUUCUCACUCACCAAGAGAAAAAAUAAAUGCAUGUAAACCUGCCAGUCGUGUACCAGUAGGUACUGUUGCUACUUAUUACAAAGAUUACGUUACCAAACAAGGAUUGGACAAAUAUUUUCGAUGCGGGACCAUUGUAACUUCGGUACGACCGAUCGAUUCCAUUGAUGUCAAUGAAGAUUUUAGAUGGAUCGUUGAAGGAUAUGAAAAUAAAACUGGUAAACGUUUUGAGUAUAGAUGUCGAAGGGUAGUUCUUGCCACUGGUACUACAGAUCUAUCCAAUCAUUUGGGAAUACCUGGAGAAAGAUCGCAAUCCUCAUGGGUGAUUCAUAAUCUUAAUGAUCUAGAAUCACGUUUAGAUCAAUUUGUAAACAUAUAUGGUGAGGCUGCAUUUGACGGAUUAUUGGAUCCUGUACUAGUGAUAGGUGCUGGAUUGAGUGCAGCCGAUGCUAUUAUGGCUACAAGAUUUCGAGGAAUUCCAGUGUUACAUGUAUUUCGGGAUGCAUCCAACGAUUGGAAUAAGGAAUCGAACGAUAAAAUACAAACAAAUAAUUUGGAUAAAUUACAGUGGCUUCCAAGUUCUAUUUAUCCGGAAUAUCACAAAGUUUAUGAGAUGAUGGCAGACGGUGGUACUAAUUAUCCUCUUUACAAAUCAUUAUCAGGAUAUACUCUUGUUGAUCUUAAUAUCAAUAAUGAUGAUCGUAAUAGUAAUCAAUGUAAUAAGCAUACAGUCACACUUUGUGCUCCGAAUGGACAAUUACAAAAAUUCCGAGUUUCUAUAGUCGCGAUACUUAUAGGUUACAAACCAGAUUUAUCGUAUCUAGAAAACAACGGUACAGGAUUUGGAAAAAUACCCGAUAAACCCGUCGAUUGUAAAUCAAAUCCGAUCGAUAUCGACGAUAUUACAUAUGAAGUUUUGCAAGCACCUAAAAAGGGACUUUAUGCUUUGGGACCUUUAGUGGGUGAUAAUUUUGUUCGUUUUAUUCUAGGUGGUGCAUUCGGUAUUCUUGCACAUAUUCUAAGUCUUUCUACGUGAGAUACAAAUUUCAUAUCUCUUUUCUUUUCAAUUUUUCGUCAUCACCUUGACGGAAUGUAUUUACUUAAUUUUUUGCUAAAAUUCUA